UACUCGCAUUGAUAAGAAGAAAAGUUCUUAAAGCCGGCUAUCGAUAUCGAAGUGCAGAAGCUAGCUAGGAAAUAGCAAGCUAAGCUUAGGCAGAGAAAAUCAUCAAUAACUAUGAGGCUGGAGAAGAUGAUCCUGAACAGGUUGAAGAAGAAGCAGCUGAUGGGAGAAUCCUCGACGAUUACAUGCAGUGGCACUAGCUCGAGCGCAAGCAGUCGUAGCAGCAACAGCAGUAAGGCAUCAUCUUCCUCGAGUUUCUUCAAAUGCUUCUCUUCUUCUCCACCGCCGUUUUCUUCCUCCGAUCAUCAUCAUCUUCCUCCUACCGACGAUCAAAGCAGCAGCGCCGGCGUACGACGUCCCAAAGCCGGCCAAGGGAGAGGAAGAGUGGACGAAAAGGCAACGAUUUUUGAAAAUGUGCAAACGUUUACGUUCAACCAGCUGGACAUGGCCACCGAUCGCUUCCAUCCAUCCAAAAGGAUUGGAGAAGGUGGUUUCGGCUCCGUUUAUAAGGGAAGGUUAGAGGACGGGACACCGGUGGCAAUAAAAGUCCUGUCAGCGGAGUCAAGGCAAGGAGACCGUGAGUUCAUGUCCGAGCUGGCAACCCUGUCCCACGUCACCCACGACAACUUGGUCCACCUCAUCGGCGGCUGCGUCGACGGGCCACGUCGGAUGCUGGUCUACGAGUACAUGGAUAACGGCAACCUCGCCCAGAACCUGCUGGACAACAAGACCACAUUGUUGAACACCUGGGAAGUAAGGAAAGAAAUCGCGCUGGGGAUCGCGGCGGGCCUUGCCUACUUGCACGGGGAGAUCCAUCCACGUAUAGUCCACCGCGACAUCAAGCCCACCAACAUCUUACUGGACCUGGACCUCAGGCCCAAGAUCUCAGACUUCGGCCUGUCCAAGUUCUUCCCCGACGACGACAUCACCCACAUUACCACCCGAGUCGCCGGCACAUUAGGGUAUCUGGCGCCGGAGUACGCAAUCAGCGGGCACCUGACGAGGAAGCUGGACGUGUACAGCUUCGGCGUGUUGCUUUUGGAGAUCGUGAGCGGGAAAACGGUUGUGGACUUUGAUCAAACACUUGGUGAGCAGUACUUCCUCGUGGAGAGGGCGUGGCAGAUGUACAAAUCCGACCAAAUGAUUCAGCUGGUGGAUCCCAUCAUGCUGAAGGACGGGGAAAAUUCAGGGUUCGAGGAAGAAGCAGAGAGGUUCCUCGUAGUGGCUCUGCUUUGCCUCCAGCAGAAGAGCAGCCUGCGGCCCACCAUGUCCGCGGCUCUGAAAAUGAUGAAUGGGACGAAUGAGGACGGUGACGUCGUGGAGAUUAUGGAGCCUGGGCUGAUAGGAGACUUCAUGGCCGUCAAAAUUGGCCGCCGCCAACAAGACAAGCAGAAGAGUUCCACCGCUACUACGACCACAGAAGGAGCUGCCAGUGUUUUGUAAUCAGCCACAUCCUCAAUUCGUGACUUGUAGCUUUCUCAUAGACAAUAUAAUUUACAUUCUAUCCUUUAUUAUUUUGAUUUUUAGGUUGGCUUGUUAGUGGGGUGGAAAGGGAUUGUGGGUAGUGGUUUUUCUAGCUAUUUUCUUGACAUUCCUCAUGAGGAAAAUCUUUUGUCCGUUUAUUAUUUUGUAACGGUUGUGCUUGAUAAGACUGUUUAGUAAGUUAUGAGGUCGUUUUGAUUUUGGUAACGACCCCAUUUAUAUGACCAAUUCUUUUUAGCAGUAGACGACGUAUUUCAUCAUGUAUUUUCAAGAUUGAAAUGGGAGGUUUCCUAAUGUUGGACUCAUAAAAGUUUCAGAUUCAAGUUUUUGAGAAAGUGAUCAUGUUGGAUAAAUAGAGAUAAUUAAUUCAGCUAUCAUUUUUAGUUUUUGUUUGGUUUGAAAAGAAGCAUGUAUGAAAAAAAAAGGAAAAUGUCACUUUGGCACAAAGAAGCCUGGGUGAGAAUUGGACGUAGCUAUAUAUUUAAAACAGAAUUCUGAUCUUGUGAUUGUGGAAAAUCAGACUUGGUUUUAUUGAUGUACAACAAUCACAAAUAUUUACAAAUACAAUGAGUUUCUGUAGCAACAUAGCAACAGAAAGUUACUCACGUUCCACAGAAGUAGUAACUCAAACAUAGUGGAAGAAAUAAGGAAAUAAAAAGGUUUUUAUUUACUAUCUCUAAUACGCCCCCGCAAGACGGAUGACGUAUAUACGACUCCGAUCUUGGAUCGAAGAAGAAGGUUACGAAUGGAGGGUAGAGGCUUGGCGAGAGCAUCAACGAGUUGGUGAGCCGUGGGAAUGUAGUAGACACGGAGACGACCAGCCUGAACCAGUUGACGCACAAAGUGAUCAUCCAAGGCAAGGUGCUUCAUGCGAGAAUGAAGGAGUAGGUUGGAGUUGAAGUAAGUAGCACCAAGGUUGUCAGAAUACAGAGUCGAUGGAGAAGGUAGAGGUUGAUGAAGCUCAACGAGUAAAUUCUGAACCCAUCCCAAUUUGGCUGUGGCAUGGGCAAUGACGCGUUACUCCACCUCGGUACUAGAACGAGCCAACAUGCAUUGUUUUUUAGAUCGUCGGGAAGCGAGAGUAGAGCCAAGAUAGAUAAGAUAACCAUAGGUAGAAGAGAGUUCAUCUAGAUUGUCGGCCCAGUCCGAAUCAGCAAAGCUAGAUAAAGAGAGCGAGCCAGGUGAGCAACGAAUAGAGAGGCCAUAUGUCCGAGUGCUAGAGACAUAACGAAGAAGCCGCUUGACACAUUGCCAAUGAUAAGUGGAGGGUGUGUGCAUGUACUGAGAGAGCUUGUUGAUAAAGUAGGCAAUGUCUGGGCGAGUGUAGACAAGAUACUGAAGAGCGCCGAUAAUCCGACGAUAGCGCGUAGCAUCAGUAGGGGGCUUCCAUCAGUGAGAGUGAGAGAAGUGGAGGCAGUCAUGGGAGUGUGAACAACCUUAGCGUCGGUCAUGAGAAAACGUUGGAGAAUGUCGACCAUAUACUUAUGCCAAGAAAUAAUUAACCUCACCAAGUGCCUUGAGAGAAAAUCAAUGAGAGAGAGCCUGCUGAAAAACUGUGAGUGUCUCCUCAUCAUUUUCGGUGGCGAUGAGGAGUAAAUUAUGAACAUACACAAAAAAGUAGAGGAGGGUGUGCCCCUGGGAAUAAACAAACAAGGAGACACCCUCCAACCCCAUGAAGGCCUAGAACGGGCCUGCGCCUCUAAGAAUGAACAAUCCGGAAAGUA